AUGGCCUCCAACGGCUUCACCUCGCCGUUCCCUACAUCCCACGACACCCUUGGAGCCUCAUUUCUCAACACUCCUGUCUUCAUGCCCUCAUCACCUCCUAGACUAAUGGAUUCGAGUCAGAAUUUGAUUCUACCUACUAAAAAGCCCAGUUCAGCUCGUGCCUCCGCUGCAAAUUCUGCAAAUGCUGCACGUCGACGAAAAGUCCGUUAUGCAAAAGCCUCAGGUUCCCCUUAUUCCAGUGACGGAAGUGAUUCAGAAGCCAAUUUCUCGGAUUAUACAUUUGAUCUGAGCAGACUAUCGGAUUAUGGAUCUGAUCGCGAUAAUAAUAAUGGUGAAAGUAAUGAGAAUGAAAAAUCUUCUCCAAAGAAGAAACCGGCUGCGUUUCAUGAGCUUCGAGGUCCGCGGGAUUUUACUCUGAACAUGGUGGAGUUAGUGAGAGGGACAGACUCCCUCCCAGCCAAUAAUGAAGAUAACGCGUCAAAGCCGGGACCGAUGAAAGACGUGGAGGAAUUGCGCAGCAAUACCGUCGUUGCAGAGCACACGAUAAACGAGUAUAGCGAGAUGGGCGCGCCACUUGAUAUGUCGACACCAGCGCGUGUUCUUUCGCGACGAAACGUGAUUUCGAGAAAUAGCGCGCCACUGGAUAAAAUCGAUGAGCCCUCGAUUCAAUCUCCGCCCAAUAAAUCACCCCAACCGGAUCGAGAGCUUUCCCAGCAAGUCGCUGAGUCCUUUGAAGAGCACCGACUGCAUGAAGAAAUAGAGCAGCUUCGGCAGCAGCUGCGUAAGAAGGACGAAAUUAUCGACACAAAUAAAAGGAGGGUCUUGGAGGCAGCAUCAGCAGCUCAACAGAUACAACAUCUUCAGUCAGAGCUCCAGAAGGAAUAUGCAGCCCUAAAGGAGAGGGAUGCGCAUUUAUCAACCCUAUCCCCGCACGAUGAGGAAGUAGAGAACCUUCGAACACAACUUCAACAGAAAGACGACCAGCUGAAGAAAAUUGAGACUGAUGCUUUGCAGUUGAAAUCUCUCCAGGAAGAAUCGAAGCGAUUGCGAGACAAGGAUAUCCAGAGUCGUACUCUACCAAAUACAAGUGAAGGAGAUCCCACACAAGAUCGGCAGGGAAAUAAUGAAACCGUUCUAAAAAUGAGCCUGGCCAUUUCGAACAAAGAUGCUCAAAUCCAAAAACAUGCUGCGGAGAUCGACCAACUGAGAGCUAAUCAGGACGCUCAGUAUCUCGAGAUGGAUAAGUUGGAUUCUGAACUUGAGACAGUAAGCCGUGAAUGUGAAGCCCUCGAAGAGAAAACCGAGAGCCUCCUUAAAGCAGUUCGCCAAUCCGAAAUAAAAAACAAUACCAUCCAGGCUGAAUUGGACGUGGCAAACCUAGCACUUGAUUCUCAAUUCAAGGCGAUCAAAAUACUUGCAAGCGAAGUGUCCGCUGAUAUCCGCACCAAUGAUACUUCCUUCAGUCAAAUUGUCGAUGCCCUCAAGGCGGCGUAUCAUUCAAGAAAAACCACAUCCGUCAAUGAGGCGACCAAAAGCUCCGAGCGGGCUCGAGCAUUGGAAAAAGAGCUUAGCGAAGCACGAUUACAUCUACGAAACUCUUUACCUUCAGACCGCAUGCAAACUCUGCAGCUGGAGGGCACGCGGCAGGAGCUCUCUGAAUCACGAGCACUCAAUACAGUUCUGCAGCGUGAAAUAUCCCGUCUCUCCGCUAAGAUAGAAGGGAUCGUAUCCGAACAGACAAAAUUGCAAGACACUCUAUACAAAACCACACAAGAACGUGACAAAGCUAUCCUGGACCUUGAAAAUCUUCGCAAAGAACAAAAUAUGAUCCCACAACAACCCAGCCCACCAUUGUCGCCUGCACCAGGACCAUCAGGAGCUGCUACCUGUUCCUGUCACAUCAACCACGACGCCCUCCUAAAAUCUCACGAAACGGAAUUAAAUAACGUCCACUCCGCUCAUGCCACAGCCUUCUCCACGCUCCGCAACUCGCACGCGGAGACAGUUCGCACGUUCCAAAACGUUAUCACAGCCACUCAAGCGCGCGAGACAAAGCUUGACUCCGAACUCAGUAAGUUGCGCGCAGCUUCAGCCUCCUUGGAGCAGCGCGUUGCAGAACUACAGUGUGAGCGUGAGAGGUUGGAAUCCGUCGUCGAGGCGAAGGAAUCCGCUGCCCUGGCUAUUGAUAGGAAGUUUGCCAGUGUGCUGAAGAAGAGAGAGGAGGAGUGGGAGCGACGUGUGGACAGGUUAUUGAAAGAUCAGGAGCGCAUGGGAAAGGUUUUGAUGUGGACGUGGGGGGAGAAGGAGGUUGGGGGUGCGAGCAAUGAUGGUGCCGGUAAUGAUGGGAAGGCGGCGGGACCGGGGAAGGAGAAUAAGCCACCGCAGGCCUACAGGUAUAAAUAUGUGGAGAGGAAAGGGGGGAGGAUACGGGAUGAGUAG